GGGUUGGUCACGUGACUUUGUCAUGGUGGCCACGGGCUGGUGUCUGUGUCAGCUUGUGAGCAACUCCGCGUACUAAUCACCCUAAUCAUGGAGAAUCAUUCGCCGGCGAGGGGAAUCGUCACAUGAGCACCUGCUCUUCGCUUUUAGGGCGAGGGUCUUGUUUUGCAGGCAGUAAAACAAGAGUUGUUCAUUUGCCCGGCGUUGCCCAGCUCACGACACUUUCUGUUCGAUCUGAAUGGUUAUAGUUUAUGUCUUGAAAGUAUGCCGCUGUUCAAAAAUAGAGGGAAUGAAACAGAACGGAGGAAGCUUGAACAGAAACUGUACCUUGCGCAAGAGAACCCGGAUGAAGUCUUCGAUUUGUCCGUGUGUGCACUUAAGCGUGUGCCAUCGGGCGUGUUUGCGAAGUGCCGUGUGUUUAGAAAAACAGCGCUGAUACUUCACUCGAAUAGAAUAUCAUCGCUAGACGGUGGUGGAUCACUGAAGGAUCUGGCGGAAGUUGAAGUUUUGGACUUGCAUUCGAACGACUUGCGCGUACUUCCUGAAGACAUCGGUGUAUUGAAGUGCCUCAAAGUUCUCGAUGUCAGCAGUAACGCACUGAAGACGAUUCCAGAUAGUUUUGAAAGCCUCACCCGCUUAGAGGUGCUUAAUGUGAGCGCAAACAAGUUCAAUGAAUUCCCUAGAGCCAUACUGGAACUUAAGAAGCUCCAACAACUCGACAUAAGCAAUAACGAAAUACAAAAGUUGCCAGCGCAGUUUUACAGGCUAUCUCGAUUAAAAUCUCUCCACCUAGACAGUGACAAAUUUAUCUUUCCUAACGUAGCAGUGUGUAAUGGUGGUAUUGAAACUAUAAUGCGUUUUUUGUGUGACCACUGUGGUGUGGAAUAUCCCGUGCGUGACGAAGAUACUCAUGAACAAGACACCAGUUUGACUGGAGAAGCACAAGCAGACACCUCUGGACAGCACUUUGAACAACUUCAGAACAAAAAAGAGCAACGUCGCCUCGACAUGUUGGCCACGGAAUCCCAGUUACGAGAAGCCCAUGUUGCCGACGCGCAUCUUGCAGAGGAUGCAAUGGAAAAACGACAACAGCUGCUCCUUCAACUCGCCCGCGAACAAGACGAAUUACACGCAGCAGUCUUAGAAAUUCAGAAUCAGAGGGAUGUUGAAAGGAAGAAAUUGCUGUCCGAUCUCGAAAGACAUGCUGCGGCACUGGUUCAGGAAAUCUCUCGUAGUGUUUCAUCAGAGACCUCAGAGAGGCUCAGGGAAGCACUAGAAGUUGAAAGAUUAGAUAUGGAGCAUCUGUACAGUACAAAACAUGCCGAGAUGGAUGCAACAAAGAAGCAAGCGAUUCUCAACUCUAUGGCAGAUACACUGUGUCACAGUGACCUACAAAUUAUUCAGGUUGAGCAAAGAAAACAACUGUUAGGGAGACUGCAAGAAAGUGACCUAGCAACUGCUAGGUUCUUUGAGGACACAAUUGCAGCACGUGAGAAGGUGCAACAGGAUCUCACCCAGCAUAUUCAAAUGGUAGAAACCUACCAGAAGAAUGCAUUUGAAGCAUUGCAGCUUAAGAACGAUAAGGUACACCAUCGCAUAAUUCAACAAAUACAUCUCGUCGAAAAGGAGCUGAGCAAGCUCACCGAAGUAGAACGCAAGCGACGAGAUCUGAAAGUGACAAAUGAGCUUGAUGCACUCGCAACCCAUCGUACAGAACUUGCUUUUCUGCUCGCUUUGUUGCUGGAUAACAAGGCAGCACGCGAGAAAGAGCUCCGAGAGUACAUCAGGGAGGUGGAAGCGAGAAGAGAUGCGGAGAUGGGUGACUUUUGGUUGGUGCAGUACCAAAGGCUCCUGGACCGAAAGCCGCCAGGCAUCAAGGCUUUGGAAGAGCAACUGGAUCAACGCAUUGUUAGUGCCUUGAUGAAUUCUAAUGCUGAACAUUACAUCACCCUCUUUGCCGCACAACACAUCAGUUGGGACGAGUUCGUAUCGAUGGGUCGGGACGAUUUUAAGAGGCUCGGAAUUUUGUCGGAGGAUACAGCCAGCGCGCUGGAGGUGGCAGUGACCCGCGCCCCCGUUUGUCCAGCGGGAACGGGGACGGAGGUGCCUUCGGCCCCACUUUCCGAAACUGCGGAAACCCCCGAGCAGGCCAAGUGGCCGUUGCCGCUUGAGGUUAAGCUGUGGUGCAGCUCAGAGUGUGUAAUUUGCUUAGACGUGAAAACACUUUUAGUCUUCUUGCCGUGCGGACACGUCUGCUGUUGUCAGGGGUGUGGAGAAGGCGUUUUGCAAUGUCCUCUCUGCAGAGCUGUUGUUGAGAACAAAUUGAGCUUGAUUUAGCUAGUCCCAUUUUGAUAUUUGCGUGCGGUUGAGAUUCAAUACUUUACGCUUUUGUACGAGAGGUCCACGUGUGCUGUUUCCCGAACGGUCAUCACAAUUAUUCCACGUUUUGCUCACAAACAAUUUAUGAAAUGUCUCAUAAUUAGCCUGUAGCAGUUUCUGAGUGUGCCUGACAAAAUGCUACUUUCCGUAACUGCAAGUGGUAAAAAGUCGGCUGGUGAUACAGUGUGUGUCUUGCAAGAUGUAGUGCCUACACUUUUGAGCCAUAAGCUUCACUAAGUGCUUCACAGCUCUGAAAAGCAAUGCUAGCAUUUUGAGAGGAAAGCAGCUGCUGCCAACAUCUCUAUAGUCAAAGCAUUGAACACUACUGGUGUCUGUUAUCAAGUACUGAUCUGUCCUAUCAAAAAGUUUAAAAUAAAAUAAAUAAAAUAAAAUAUUUCAGUAAUAAUACAUAACUAUGUCAUAAAAUCAAGUUUCAACUGUAUUUGGUUUCCAGGCUUCCAAAUGUAAUAAGGAACACCAUAUAGUCAUGCUAGCUGCAGGGCAUGACACAGCUGUCAAAUUGUCACUUGUGCUCCCACAGCACUUGAUGGAUUGCAUGUGAGUCUUCACUGAUGACAGCCUACUGAUAGGCGUAAACAGAAACAAUUUUAGCAAGUUUAUCGUACAUGUUCAAAACAGUCACCGAAAGCCAGCAUUGCCAGGAAGUCUACACAAUGUGCAGAGAACCGCAAUAUUUACUUUCAGCAAUGCCUCUUCGUCUUCAGCAAGCUGCCUUCGCAUUGCCCUGCUCAGGACAGACUGGAAACAUAAGAAAAGCAAACAAGUACACAUUUCAAGUGCAAAACGAAGAACGGCUCAUCAUCCACACUACGUGUCGCCCACACAAUUUCUCAUGUUGUUGCUACGUGGUGCUUACUUCACAAACAACAUAAUCAUGACCUGUGCUGCUCAGUUUUGUGUACCCUCUAUUUACAUGCAGAAGGCUGAUGAUCUGCUUAACAUUAUACAGGUCCAAGCAAAUAAUAAUAAACAAAUCAAGGACUGAU